AUGUCAAUCACGGGUUUUGUAUUGCGUUUGCGACCGUGGACUUCGGCCGAAACGUGCGAUUUCUUCAAAGUAUGGAUUAUUGUUAUUGGAUCAAUUCUUAUGCAGUAUGUAGACACAUCCGUGGUGUAUCACCAAGUUCGUGGUCAAGGGGUUAUAAAACUGUACAUCUUCUACAACAUGUUAGAGGUGGCUGAUAAACUUUUCAGUAGUUUAGGACAGGACAUCCUCGACGCGUUAUUUUGGACUGCAGAUGAGCCAAAGACUUUCAAAAGUGCCAUAAGAACACUGUGCCAUUUUGGAUUUGCACUGUCAUAUGCCUCUAUACAUACGUUCCUAGUCCUUUUGCAGGCAACGACUUUGAACGUCGCCUUCAAUUCGCACAACCAAGCUCUAUUGGCUAUAAUGAUGUCGAAUAAUUUUCGCUCGAACUUAAAGGAUCAGUCUUUUAAGAGUUCUGCAAAAGGCGAAAGACGGCAGGCAAGAGUGGGAACCGCCUUACCAUUAGAAGUUCAAGCAAGCGACUUUACCUCUCACAUUUCUAGUGAUGUCCGUGAGCGUUUUCACAUAAUUGCACUUCUGUUUGUUGUGAUGGUUCGCAAUAUGGUCGCCGUGAAUUGGAGUAGUGAGCAUCUGCGAGAAAUGAUGCCCGAUAUUCUCAUGGUUAUCGGAGCAGAACUGUUAGUUGAUUGGUUGAAGCAUGCCUUCAUUACGAAAUUCAAUGAAAUAAACGCAGAGGUUUAUAGAGAUUUCACGAUUACUAUAGCCUAUGACGUGGUUAGGAGCCGUGAUUCGUCUGCCUUUAGUGACUACUCCGAUCAGGUCUCUCGACGAAUGGGAUUUAUCCCUAUUCCGCUGUCUAUAAUGCUUAUAAGGGUGCUCAGUCAGACGUUUUCUCUCCAGAACAAGACCAGCAUAGUCAUAUGUGUUAUCGCAUGGCUGCUCAUGGUGGCUAUAAAAAUAUGCAAUGGUAUAGUCCUUUUGGGCAAGGCUUGCGCCCAUGUUAUGGCUUAUAAAGAGCUUCAGGCACGUGCUGAAUACGAUCUAUACCGCAAGCGAAUGGUUGAAAAGAAAAGUAAGAGUGCCCCGAGCUCACCUAGGAUAAGCCUGAUAGACUUCUCGGAUGUUCUGCACCAGACAGCUGGCGUCAAAGGUUACACUAUAUCUGAUCUGAUAUGUCAAUGGGAAGAUUUGGAGACGAUCAGCCAACGACGAAGCAGCGAACGUGAGCGUGAGGAGCGGCCACCACGAAGAACACAAAGUCUGGCACAUAUGACACGUGCUUCUCAAUGCAGUCCGAAGAAGAAAGUAGCUACAUCAUCGACUAGUUGUGAUGUGCUGGCUGAUGUUACGGCGUACACUAUGCUCCCACCCGAACAAGGUGUUGAACGGAUAGAAUGA